GGCACUGUUUAUAAUUGGUAUACAGCCUGUAGUAGUGAGGAUCAUUUUUCUUAAUUAAAGGGUUUGCUGGAAACUGUGUUGUUGACGUUGCCGGAGAGUAAUGGCAUUGCAGGGUGCUAGCGGAGGAGGCCAUGAUGACCACCAUGAAGCCCCCAAUCAUAGGCGUGGCAAGAAACGAUACCACCGGUACACUAAGGACCAGAUUCAGCUUCUCGAGGCAACGUUCAACGAAUGUCCUCACCCAGAUGAAAAAAUGAGGUUACAAUUGAGCCAGGAGUUGGGUUUGACUCCUCGACAGAUCAAGUUUUGGUUUCAAAAUCGAAGAACUCAGAUGAAGGCAAAAAGCGAAAUGGUGGAUACUUCUUUGCUAAAGGUGGAGAACGAUAAAAUUCGCAGUGAAAACGUUGGGAUUAAAGAGGCGUUAAAGAAUGUGAUAUGCUUAACUUGUGGUACAACUCCUAGUGUUCAAGCUGAUUGUCAUGAAAAACAAAGACUUCGUAAUGAAAAUGCUCAGUUAAAAGAGGAGUUGCAGAGAGUAUCCAGCAUUGUUUCAUACCAUAUAGGGCGACCAUUAGCACCUCAACUUUCACUAGCUCACAUGGAACAAAGCCACUUAUCUUCAUCAGAUUUAUCAAUGGUUACUUAUGUUGGUGCUACACAACAAAGUAUGAUACCCAUUGAUAGUGAUGGUCCUUCACUUGACCUUGAUCUUCUAACCUCUAAUGACAUCAGAGCUUCAGCUAGCAACACCAUUCAUCCGAGCUACAGUUUGCGCCUUUUGGGCAUGCACAAGUCUCUAAUUACUGAUAUGGCGACUAGUGCUCUAGAUGAGUUGAUGAAGCUAUUCCAAACUAAUGAGCCUUUUUGGUCAAAGUCAGCUGAUGGAAGGGAUGUUCUAGAUAUUGAUAAUUAUAAGCGGACAUUCCCUAAACCAAACGCUUCCAUGAAGAACCAUAAUCUUUGGACUGAUGCAUCACGUGCUACGGCUGGCGUGAUGAUGGAUAGUAUGCAACUUGUGGAAAUGUUUAGCGAUUCGACUAAGUGGGGUGAUUUGUUUCCAACUAUUGUGUUAAAAGCAAGAACUCUUGAAGUGAUCUCAUAUGGUUCGUUUGGCAACAAAAGUGGCUCCUUGCAACUGAUGUAUGAAGAGUUGCAGGUGGCUUCACCCGUGGUGCCAAUAAGGCAAUUCAUUUUCUUUCGGUUUUGUCAACAAAUCGAUCAAAAAACUUGGGCAGUUGUUGAUUUUUCAUAUCAUCUUCCACAAGAUGGCAACUUUCCUUAUUCCCAAUUCAAUUCUCGACGCCUUCCUUCUGGAUGUUUGAUCCAAAGCCUGCCUAACGGAUACUCAAAGGUUACUUGGAUUGAACAUGUGGAAAUCGAAGAGAAAACAGCGGUUCAUAGGCUUUACAGAGAUCUUAUCUACAGUGGAUUAGCAUUUGGAGCCGAACGAUGGGUUGCUUGUCUUCAAAGAUCAAGUGAAAGAAUUGCUUGUCAAACAAUGAGUAAUUCUUGGAUUUGUAAACUAGUAGGAGUGAUUCCAUCAGCUGAAGGUAAGAAAAGCAUGAUGAAUCUCGCACAACGAAUGGUGAACAACUUUUGUGCGAUUAUUAGUCCUUCUGAUGAUCAUCAAUGGUCAUGUGUCUCGGAUUUUGAUGACUUUGAGAUCCAUGCCAACCUUUACAAAUCUACAGACUGUGUUCAGCCGAACACCACAGUUCUUAGUGCAGCUGCCACUGUUUGGCUACCUCAUUCUCCCCAGUUUCUCUUUGAUUUCCUUCGAGAUGAAAAGAAUCGCCCCAAGUGGGACGUGCUCACGAACAACAAACCUGUCCAAGAGAUUACACGUAUCACAAACAGGGCUCACCCUGGCAAUUGCAUAUCUGUUCUUCAGGUUACAAAUACCAGAGAUACCAACAUCUUGAUCCUACAAGAAAGCUGCACUGACUCAUCAGGAUCACUAGUGGUGUACUACCCGGUUGACUUGCCUGCUAUCAAUAUGGCCAUGAAUGGGGAAGAAGUCUGUGUUCCAUUGUUGCCAUCAGGCUUUGUCAUCACCACAGAUGGACGCCACAGGAGCACCAUGUCAACAAGCAGGAAGGAGGGUUGUAGUGCAGCAUCAACUGCAGGUUCACUUGUUACAUUGGUGUUACAGAUGGUGGUUAGCAGUCAGCCAGGGGAGAAUCUAGGGGCACAGUCGGUGGCCACCAUUAGCAACUUAAUAGGAGGCACAGUUCGAAAAAUUAAAGCUGCCAUGAAUUGCCCUUCUCCCACCACCUGAACCAUUUGUAUUUGUUAUGUACU